AUGGUAGUCCACGAAGAAAGUGUCAAAUCAGAUAAUGUUAAAUUUAAACCGGAGGAAAAUCAAAAUGAAAACGAAUUGGUUUUAUACUGUUAUCACCAUUGUUUUCAUUCUCAAAAAGUACUCAUGGCACUCUAUGAAAAAAACUUAUCUUUUACAAUACAUAUUGUAGAUGUGACAAAAAAUGAACAGUAUCAAAAAUGGUUUUUAAACAUUAAUCCAAGGGGAACUAUUCCUGUUUUAAAAGAUGGAAUUAAAUACAUUCCCAGUUCUAAAAGAAUUCUCAAUUAUCUUGAGGAUAAUUUCAGUAAUGGAGAACACAAGAGAUUAAUUCCCAUUGACAAAGGUAUGAAAACAAAACAGACUGUUGUAAAUUUUCAUGAAAAACUUUGUAGAAUAUCACCAUUCAUGGUCACUAUUGGAAGCUUUAUUAACAAUAGAUGGUCUCGUGAUUUUAAAUAUCCUUAUUCCAUACCGACUACUAUAAGAAAAUAUGCUUUUGAAAAUCCACAAUUCACUGAAUCAUUAUUACAAAGAGCUCAAGAAGAAGAAAAGAAAAAUUUUUGGGCUGUGAGUCAUGACCAAUAUCUUGCUACCAUAGACAGCAUAGAAGAUCUAUUAAAUGAGGCAGAGCUUGCAUUAGUAGAUAGAGAAAAAGAUAAAGCUGAUUGGUGGCUGUUUACAGAUAGUUUCACUAUCGCUGACAUUUCUUUUAUCAUGCUCUUAGACAGAUUAUCUAGGCUAGGAAUGGAAGCCAGCAUGUGGACAAGAGGUGUCAGACCUCAUAUUGAUAUGUAUUUUCAACGUGCUCAACAAAGGAAAUCUUAUAAAAAAACAAUACCAACCAUAAAGACUGAUAUCACAUUUUUUUUAAAAACUAGGUCUCAUUUAAUCAUAGGUUUUAGUUUGGUCACUGCCAUAAUUACUGGUCUUGUUGGGGGUUUUAUUUUACUUAAAAAUAAAUAA